AUGAUUCCAGAGUCCCAGCUGAUGCUGAAAAAUGAACUGGAACUCGUCAGAGCUCAGCUCUGUGCCCAAACCAAGGUCAGCAUGGCGUUUGAGGCCCUGAGCCACUCCAUCACUCUGCUGGAGCAGGAGAUCAACCAACAGCAGGGCCGGAUCAUGAAUCUGGAAGAGGAGUUAAAGUUUGCCAUCCACUCAUCUAGUGAGAGGACUUUGGAGGGUCUGAUGCAGAAGAGGAUCCAGGAGCUGUGGACAGCCGUGGCAGCGGAGGUGGAAGGGCUGCGUGGGUCCAUGAACCAGAAGCAAAGCUCCGUGGAGGACUUGUCUCAAGAGGUCCUGGAGAGCAAGAAAUUCCUUUGGGACGAGCUGGAAGCCGUCCAGACCGAACUGCAGCGCAUCCACCAGAAACUGAAAAACCAGGAGGUGGACAUCACCAGGAACCUGGUCAGCAUCAAGAAGAUGCAGGAGAACCAAGUGAAAUGCACCAAGUUCCUGGCCCAGCUGAAGGGCAGAGUCGCAGGGGAUGCACCAGAGGCAGUGGGCAACAAGCCGGGGAGCGACGAAGGGAGCGACGACGUCUGGUCGGCGGUCGACGCUCUCUGCCACUCCAUCACCAACUCCACCGUCGGGAGCGACAAGAGGGGGCCUUUGAGAACGAAACACCGAGGGAGCCACCCCCACUCCCACCGGAAGACAAGCUCCCCAGGCUCCUACCUGCCUGACCUGGCUGUUCGGCAGCAUCGCAACAGCUCCUAG